CGGGGCCAACCAGGUUUAUAUAAACGCGGUGGUGCAAACGAGCGCUUCAUGAGUCUUAUCCAAAGCGUCGGUUUUUUAUUGUCGAGAGCGAUUUGUGCCGGUUCACAGUUUCAAAUGGGUCCUGUCGCCUAGCGUUCACUUUCUUCAGUCAUCGCACCUGGGUUCCUGUUUGGUGUUUUUAAAGGGUUACCAUCCAGAUACUAGUUUGAAAGAUUACAAUGGCAUCCAUUCCUUCAACUGGCUCCCUUGCAGCAACCCAUGACUAUUACAGGAGGCGCCUUGGUUCUGCUUCCAGUAAUAGUUCAUGUGGCAGCUCUGAACACAUUGGAGAAGUGAUUCCACACCAUCCAGGAUUACCAAAGUCUACAGCGGGCCAAUGGUGGAUCAGUUUUUUCUUUGGGAAAACUCAGAACCACCCAGUAAUGACAACCCUGUCGGAGUCCUCAGAGAGUGGCAAGAUAAACUGUAUCCUGCCUCAAAUGGUGAGGAAACGACAUGCCAGUGAGCCCAGCAAACCAACAUCUUAAUGAUUUGGCUUCAACUUCUGAAGAAGACGCUAGGAAUUUCAGGCGUUCCAAAAUAUUAAUGUUUAAAAAUAAAGGCUGCUUUCAGUUUCUAAUACUUUUUUUAAUAAAAAUUAUAUUCCUUGUUUUUUUCCAUGUAAUCAGUGGGAAUUGUUAAGUGUUUGGCAUACUUGAACAUCUAAAUAAAUGAAAUACUUUAGCAGCC